ACCCAUAGGCCGUAGUUUGUCAUCAGAAGGAUCCACCGUGCGCCUUUUCAACAGAUCCACCCAAAUCCAAUCUACCUCGGUAAACCCGCAGUGGAAGCUAGCCACGACAGUACCAGUCCAAUGAAAAAGUAGCCGUUGCCUUUUCCCCCAAAUCUCCCAAGUUCCCCAGCCGAGAUCCAUAAACAAACAGGAUCUUUCCCCUAUUACCCGCUCCCGGUUUCAAACCACACAAGGAUACGAACCACCCGAAAAGUCUCCUCGUUUCGAAUCCACGGCCGCAAUCGGAGGAAAUCAUCAUCAAAGAUCCCGAGAUCGAGGGAGAGCAAAAGGGGAAUGGUGGAGGUCGCCGCGUGUUUCAUGGAUAAGCUUGAGCAGACGACGCCGUUGGCGGUGGCGGCGGUGGUUGCGGCGGCCGCGGAGGAUGACGACGAAGAUGUGACCGGGAGCGUCGACGGCGACGAGGUGGAGAUGGAGCCCGUGGAGCCGAUGCUGGAGCCCCCCGACGACGCCGGCCCUGUCGGCUGGCCCAUGCCGGACUUCUGCCCUCUCACGAUCGAUGGGGUGGUGAAGGAGUCGUUCCUGGAGGCCCUUCGGAAGCAGGAGGAAGAGGACGCGGAGCAGCCGCCGGGAGAGCCCAAGGCAGCGGCGAGCCCGGACUCGCGGCCGUCGAGCAGCAAGCGCCACCGCGCCGGCACCGCGUCGCCGUCGUCCAUGAGCCCGUACCGCAACAUGAUGCAGGUGUUCCAGCAGUGCAGGCAGGACGCCUGAGUCUGAGAGGAACAAAGAGCAACAGCAAGAGCACAGUACAGGCCGUGACGUCUCGUCUGACUUCUUUGAUAUAUCUUUUGUUUAUUUACUUCACCUAGAAUAAUGUUUGAUCGCUUGGUAUCGUCUGUCGAUUCUGCUCAGAAACAUUCUACAAUCUUGCUCUGGUGUAGCUCGAGGGGAUAGCAGUUUUGCUCUUGUGUAAAGAUGGGAUAUACAAACCUCACGAGUACAUAACGCCUUGUUAAAUUGUU